CGGCUAGUUACACCUUCUCAAAGAGACGUAGAUUCCAAUACACCUUCAAAUAAAGACUCUCCUUGAUCUACAAAAAUCUGCAGACUAUUCAGAAGCUCAUAAAUCAAGAUUGAACCGUUGGAAUUCGAUCUCCACCGUUCAGAUUGAAGAUCCAGGAGUCCUUAAACGCCUCCCAAAAUUUCAGCACGAUCGGACAAGAUUUGAUACUCCAACAGUCGAGAAAAACCAGGGCAGUAUUUUCUGCAAAAAAUCAGCAACAAUGUGUAUAUUGUAACUUCGAUAACAGAAGAUCCGUAACUCCGAUUGACGUGAAAUUUUAACACGUUGAAGCUCUAUGUGUUGAGAACACCCUCUGAAAAUUUCAGCAAAAUCCAACGGUCGGAUCUUUGGCGAUGAUCAAAUCUGUCAAAGGAAGGGUUGAGUCGGUUGAGACAAAGUCUGAUGCUAAUUUAAUUCUAGUCAAGGGGACAGUGCAAGGACUUGAUGAAACUCCCCAUUUUGUUGAGGGGGUUGACGUAAGAAAAAAGACGCUCAUUGUUGACAACCUCUCUUCUCAAGCCGGAAUAUCAGACAUCAUUGAUUUCUUCGAAGAUGUUGGAAAAGUUGUUCAAGUUACAAGAGUUGUAGACCACAUGGGCUUCGAUCUUGGCUCUGGCUCUGUUGAGUUUGCUUCUGCCAACGAAGCAAAGAAGGCGCAGGAAAAGAAGAAUGGUGACUAUUUGUGUGGUGAGAAAAUUACUCUGGGCUUGGCUAAGAUAACCCCAUACCCUCAUACUCCAAGGUUUUGCUUGGAACACAAGGUUUGGUACGAAGACUACAUUCGACGAGAAAGCUUUCCGAUAGGAGAAGAGGAGAUACCUCCCCAUUUUUUUAAGGCAAUUGCAGCAAGAAAAGAGACGAUCUUUGUUGCCAAUCUCUCUCCCCAAACUAGAAUGUUCAAUAUCAUCAAGUUCUUCCAAACCAUUGGGGCUGUUUCUAGUGUUCGACUUAUUGUAAACCACGAGGGCAGGCAUGUUGGUUUUUGCUUUGUUGACUUUGCUGAUGAUUACGAUGCAAAGAUGGCGCUGGAAGAGUGGAAUGGUGAAUAUUUGCAUGAUCAUAGCAUUUUUCUUGAAGGGGCUAAGACAGCUCCGUCCUCUCCACGGCCCAAGUACAGCAUUGCAGAGAAGCUUUGGUAUGAGGACAACCUUCUGCAAAAAAGCCUUGACAAGACACAAGAAGGAAAUGAUAAAACUCCCAAUGAUGUUGAGGUAGUUGCCCUAAGGGAAAAGACACUCUUUAUUGACAAUCUCUCUCGCGAAACCAAAAUAUCAGACAUCAUCAAUUUCUUCAAAGAUGUUGGAGAGGUUGUUCAUGUUCGACUUGUGGUAAACCCAAAGGGUAAGCAUUUGGGCUAUGGUUUUGUUCAGUUUGCUUCUGCGGAAAAAGCCAAGAAGGCACGGGAAAGGAAGAGUGGUGAAUAUUUGUGCGGUAAUUAUAUCACUCUUGGCGUGACUGAGAUAGCCCCACAAGAACCACGACCCAUGUAUUGCAUAGAUCACAAGGUUUGGUACGAAGACUACCUUCAAGGAGAAAGCCUUCUGAUUGAAGAAGAUGAGGCGGUGGAAGGACUUGAUGCAUUUGUUGAGGAAGCAUCUGCGAGAAAUAGGACAGUAUUUAUGGACAAUCUUCCUGCUGGAAUAAAAAUUGGAGAUAUUGCCCGUUUCUUCCAAGAUGUUGGAAAAGUUAGUGUUCGAUUUAUUGUAGAUUGUGAGGGAGAAUGUGUGGGAUGUGGCUUUGCUAAGUUUGCUUCUGCCGUCGAAGCAAAGAAGGCGCUGAAAAAGAAGUGUCGAAAUAGAUACCGCAGUCGUUAUAUUUAUCUCGGCAUGGUUGAGAUAGCACCGUACCCUCUCCGACCCAAGUACAACCUCGCAGAGAAUUUUUGGAAUGAAGACUUCUCACGGAAAGAUCGCGUUCGGGCAAAAGAAAAUAAUAUGAAGAAACAGCCUUGUGGUAAGAAGGUUACUUUCUACUACAAUGAUGAUUGAUUCAUAGAGGAAGAUGAAUCUCUUUGGUGUUUUAAACUUAUGGUCCAGUUAGUAUGCGCUAAAAAGUGCUUAAUUUUGAGUGUUUUGGUGUGAAAUCUUAACCUGCCUUGAUUAAUUUGGUUGACAAAAUCAUCAUAAGAUUUACUAUUUUCAAAUUAAGUCUUAGCUUGAAUUGAUAAGUUAGCUUGAUAAAUAUAGAGUACUUUGUAUUUGUGCACAUGGAACAGAAUUGUUGUUGCAUAGUGAAGCUCAUGAGAGCAUUUAUGUUGGUGUAUAAUGAAGCUAAAACAUGUGG